AUGCUGAUGAUUGAUGCUUGUCUGCUUCAGAAUCGAUUGGGCAUUCUUCAUGGAGGAACCAUCGCCAGCAUGGUUGAUCUCGGAGGCUCGCUUGCCGUCGCUUCCCAUGGCCUCUUUGCGACUGGCGUAUCUACUGACUUGAACGUCACAUAUCUAGGCUCUGGCGGGAAGGUUGGCGAUAAAAUACUGGCGGAGGUAACUUGCGAUAAGUUUGGCAACAAAUUAGCAUACACGACCAUAAAAUUCACCAACAAGGCGGAUGAGAUUGUGGCGAGAGGCAGCCACACAAAGUACAUCGCCCAAGCCUUCAGGGACCCGAGAAACAUCAUCGAACAAAAGAAGUCCUGA